AUGAGUGUGACAGUUUUGUGUCCGAAUGGGAGACGUUGUUGUGUUAAAGUAACACCAGGAAAACUGCUCAGUCAGAUUCUAGAAGAAGCUUGUCUUAAGAGCGGACUUGAUGUAGAUAGACAUCAAUUGGUAAAUCAGAAACGCCGCUUGGAUCUCUCACUGACUUUCCGAUACCAAAGAGUGGUUCUCACAAAGGAGCAAAUGGAUGAAAUCAGUGCUCGGAUUGCCUCUGAAGUAGCUGAAAAGGAAGCACUUCUCAGAGAGUAUGCUCAUAAGAAGGCAGAAAACGAUGGGAGGAAAAAGUUAGAAGAAAUUGAGUUAGCUGCUCUGAAGGAGGCGAAGUCGCCGAUACGUCAGCCAUCGAUCAAUAACAUCAAAAACAACGACAACAACAACGAAGAUCUGUACCAACCUCGCGGAUUUCAGUAUCUUAUAAGCAACGUGUUCAAGAUUUCAUGGGGAAGACGUAUGCAUAGAAACAGUAGAGUGCUACGAGCUUAUGUCGAGCUAAGAGACAUGUGCGCUUUCAUUGUGCUUAAGCUGAAUCCAUCCAUCGGCCAGUCUAAUAAUCCUAUGUUUUGGUUCACAGCCACCUCUAGACGGACGUCUGAAGACUCCACUUUGAGGAGUGAAGAAAUCAGUGACGAGUUUUUUGAGAUUGACAUAGAGGACGUCAGAGCUCAGCUAAAGCAACUUCGUGAUCAAGUGAGUAUGACUGAAAAUCGUGCUUUGGUGUCAAAGGAGUAUGUGAGACAGAAGAACCGAGAACAUAAGUUGCUGGCCUAUCGUCACACUGUCGUCAGGAUUCCCACUGGAACCGGGAGAAUUGUUCAGGCACAGUUUCAGAGUGCAGAGCCUAUUUCUCAUCUGUUCGAAUGGGUUCGCGGUAUAUUGUCUUGUAGUGCAGCUUUUUCCUUAAAGCUGGCUCUCAAUCAUAAAUUGGAGGACUCUAACACUACAAAUUUUGUUGACGCAGACGUCGCACCUAAGUCAACCGUGUUCAUCAAGUUCGCUGAUCCUUCUGUCAACUUCGAAUCGGUAUGCAUUGGAUCCUUGCAAGAGUGCAAUCACAAGGAAGCUGAUAAUUUGUGUUCUGAAUGGCUUUCGCAGAAUACCGUAUUCAAGCCAUUCACAGCUGUGGUGGCAAAUGACAGUACUGUGAGCAGCUCUACAACCAGAAUGUCCAGCACACUUCCGCAUGGUGCUACUCGACCGUCUUUCAAAGCAAGUACGGCUCCAAAGUGGUUUAAGAAGAAAUGA